AUGUGGAUGUUAGCCCACACACCAAGCGUGCAAAAUCAACUUCGACAUUUCCAGAUCGUCCUCCCACGCACCUCGACGACUAACGAUAACAGGGUCAAGAUGAGUCACCGGAAGUUCGAAGCGCCCCGUCACGGCUCCCUUGCCUACCUCCCGCGCAAGCGCGCUGCCCGCCACCGUGGUAAGGUUAAGAGCUUCCCCAAGGAUGAUGCCAAGAAGCCCGUCCACCUUACUGCCUCCAUGGGCUACAAGGCUGGUAUGACCACUGUCGUCCGUGACCUUGACCGUCCCGGUGCCAAGAUGCACAAGAAGGAGAUUGUCGAGGCCGUCACCGUCAUCGAGACCCCUCCUCUCGUUGCCGUUGGUGUCGUCGGUUACAUCGAGACUCCCCGUGGUCUCCGCUCCCUCACCACCGUCUGGGCUGAGCACCUGAGCGAUGAGGUCAAGCGUCGCUUCUACAAGAACUGGUACAAGUCCAAGAAGAAGGCCUUCACCAAGUACGCCAAGUCCCACGCCGAGAGCUCCGGUGCCUCCAUCACCCGCGAGCUUGAGCGCAUCCAGAAGUACUGCACUGUCGUCCGUGUGCUCGCCCACACCCAGAUCCGCCAGACUCCUAUCAAGCAGAAGAAGGCCCACCUUAUGGAGAUCCAGGUCAACGGUGGCUCCGUCGCCGACAAGGUCGACUUCGCCCGCAACCUCUUCGAGAAGACCAUCGAUAUCGAUACCAUCUUCGAGAAGGACGAGAUGAUUGAUGUCAUCGCCGUCACCAAGGGUCACGGUUUCUCCGGUGUUACCUCCCGUUGGGGUACCACCAAGCUGCCCCGCAAGACCCACAAGGGUCUGCGCAAGGUCGCCUGUAUUGGUGCUUGGCACCCUAACCACGUCCAGUGGACUGUUGCCCGUGCUGGUCAGGACGGAUACCACCACCGUACCUCUUGCAACCACAAGAUUUUCCGCAUUGGAAAGGGUUCCGAUGAGGGUAACGCCUCCACCGACUUCGACAUCUCCAAGAAGCAGAUCACCCCCAUGGGUGGUUUCGUCCACUACGGUGAGGUCAAGAACGACUUCGUCAUGGUCAAGGGCUCCGUUCCCGGUGUCAAGAAGCGUGUCAUGACUCUGCGCAAGACUCUGUACCCCCAGACUUCCCGCAGGGCCACCGAGAAGGUCGAGCUCAAGUGGAUCGAUACCUCCUCCAAGUUCGGUCACGGUGCUUUCCAGACCUUCGAGGAGAAGAAGGCCUUCAUGGGUACUCUCAAGAAGGACCUUGUGGAGACUGUUUAA